AUGCGGCAAGGGCGCCCGCCUGAGCCCCCGUUGCGUUACAAUAAUAACAGUAUUCUCUUUGGCGCCCACUCGUGGUGACGGUCCGCACAUUCGUAGGAACAGCGUUGGUUUACUUCCUGUGUGCAGUGAGUUAAGAUCAGAGACGAAUUUGCUUUCCGAUUUUAGGUUUUUAUCCCAGUAAUUCGUUCUGGGACGUACAGGCGACACAUUUUACUACACUGAUCGAGCACUGCUUCGUGACACAAUAAAACCAUUUGAAACUAAAGAAUCUGUAUUAUGGAGACGUUGUGAUGCAGAUCGCGCUCGGUUAGUAAAGCACCGCAGUGACUGCAUGCGUCUUUCUCUCUGGUUAGUUACUAAACUUGACUGUAAACGAGUCGUUGGGAGGAGAGACUGAAUUUCUCUGUGUGAGCCGGUAUAGUUUGAGAAAGCGCUUGCUGUCCUGGGCAGUGUGGUCAGAGCGCAGCAGGACGCAGAUGCUCGGCGGGCUGGCGCGGCGGUCCGGCUUGGUUCGAGCUGUGGACCGGCUGCUCCUCGGCACAGCCGGGUCAUGGCGCUCGGAGCGGGAGGUCAGUGACCGGAGACCCGACUGUGCGCCGCCGCGCAGCGAGGAGGCCGGCCUGUACGUGCAUUGGCCUUAUUGCCGGAGACGCUGCUCCUACUGCAACUUCAAUAAGUAUGUGUCCCAGCGGGUGGACCAGCAGGCCAUGAGAGACUGCCUGCAGCGGGAGACGGAGACCCUGCUGCAUCUUAGCCAGGUUUCCUGCAUUUCUUCUGUGUUUUUUGGUGGAGGGACUCCAAGCCUUGCCAGGCCUGACACCAUUGCUGCUGUCUUGGAAACUGUUGCUAAGUGCACUUCUCUCCCUGGUAACGCAGAGGUCACUCUGGAGGUGAACCCCACCCCUGAGGACGUGGCCAGACUGAGUGAGUUCUGCAGCGCUGGAGUGAACCGCUUCUCCAUAGGGGUGCAGUCGUUGCAUGAUGCAGACCUGGAGCUCCUUGGAAGAGACCACAGUUCCCAGCAUGCCCUGCAGGCCCUGGCAGAGGCUCAGCGGCUGUGUCCAGGUCGCGUUUCAGUCGAUGUCAUUUUCGGGCGCCCAGGCCAGAAGUUGCAAUCCUGGGAAAAGGAGCUAGAGGACCUGCUCUUGGUCAGCGAUGAUCACGUGUCUCUGUAUCAGCUGACCCUGGAGAGAGGGACAGCCCUCUUCAAACGGGUGCAGCAGAGCGAACUGACCAUGCCCAGUGAUGAUGUCACUGCCCACAUGUAUGAGGCUGCCAGGAGGAUUCUGGGAAAAGCAGGCUUCCUCCAGUAUGAGGUGUCAAAUUUCACCCGAAAUGGAGCCGUCAGUGUGCACAACCAGGGCUACUGGAGGGCCAGCCAGUACAUUGGAGUGGGACCAGGGGCCCACGGCCGAUUUGUCCCCCGCGGGGCAGGGGGCUCCCGGAGAGAGGCCCGGACCCAGACGCUGGAGCCCGACGUGUGGAUGAGGGAGGUGCGGCACUGGGGCCACGGGACCCGGCGGAGAGUGGAGCUGAGCCCCCUGGGACUCCUGGAAGAGGUGCUGGUGAUGGGACUGCGCAUGACCGAGGGGAUUCCUCACGAGAACUGGAGGCAGUUCAGUCCGCUGCAGAGCCUACAAGAGGUAGUGGGACAGUCCCAGGAGGUACAGGAGCUGCUGGAAGGAGGGCUCCUUGUCCUGGAUGACAGAGGGAUGCGCUGCUCAUGGGACGGUCUGGCACUCCUGGACAGCCUGCUGCCGACUCUGCUGGUCCAGCUCCACGCACACUUCUCACAACAGGAGGCUGGGCGGCACUGAGGGGGUCAGCAGACGGCAUCAGACUGGGCACCUGGACACAGGGGCCCCGGAACUUGCAGGAUGCGGCAGUGGAGCGAGUCAUCUGUGGGGGGAAUUAAGAGAAGCUGGGCUUAACAGGGCAGUACUGUUCUUUUCCCGGUGGUUCCUGAGUCUCUGGGAUACAGGAUCCUCCUGGAUCCAUCUGUGCUGCAGGCGUUGGACGUGAGGAGGACUGGAAGCCUGUGACUUCAUACGCUGUCGCCUUUUAAAGAAGGCAGGUUUAGUCCUGUUUGUCAGCUUGAUCUUAUUAAUUAUUUCUACUUGCUGAAUGUUUCAGGCUGAUUUCAAUCCUUAAUGACAGUCGUUAUGGCAGAUUAAUUUGACAGUUGGACAGUGAUCCAUUGGAGACUGUAAAUGGUUGGUAAAUACAGUAAUUAUUUUUUGUGUAAUUACAUUGCUCUGCAGAACAUGACCAGUAUAGCUGUGCAUUAGAA